CGAAAGUAUAGGUGAUAGGAUGAUACCCUAAUUUUGACUGUAAGAAAUUAGGGGAAAUCCAUUUUGUUACCAAAAUCUCUUAUCAUGUUUCAAUUACUUUAAAUGCAUGAAUACAUGCCAAAGAUUUUGUUAUUAACAACACAAACACUUGAUUAUAUAUCUCCUUGGUAUAAUAUACAGAACAGACACAAUCUUAGGCUCCUCCUUCUCUCGCUCUCUUCCCUCUGUUGCUCGGAAAGCUUUGGCCUUUUUGGUUUUCUUAUGGCUAAUUCUCUUCUCAAAACUAUUCGUAUCUGAGAGAGAUUGAGAUAAUAAAUAUAGAGAGAGAUCCAAACCAGAAGCAAUCUUUUUUUGUUUGUCUCUCUGUGAAGAUUCGUAUCAUUUUUCUCCGGCAAACUAACGGCGGCGAUCCACUCUUCUCUAUAGCUUCUAUUAUGUUGGUUUUAUCUUCUUCUUUGGAAGAAAUGAACAAGUUUGGUUUUUUCGCUUUCAUGAAUGUGAUCCGGUCUAUAUAAGGGUACUUAGAGUUUGGUGAAGCUUGAAUCUAAGAGAUGAAGAGGGUUAGAGAAGAGGUUUACGUUGAACCACAAAUGCGAGGACCUACUGUUUCCUCUCGAGGAGAAACAAAUGGUAGGCCUUCAACGAUUAGUGGCGGAGGAACAACGGGAGGGCUAACAACAGUUGAUGCUUUGACAUAUCUUAAAGCUGUGAAGGAUAUGUUUCAAGACAACAAAGAGAAAUAUGAGACUUUCCUUGGAGUCAUGAAGGACUUCAAAGCUCAGAGAGUUGACACUAAUGGCGUCAUAGCAAGAGUAAAAGAUUUGUUCAAGGGCUAUGACGACUUACUUUUGGGUUUUAAUACCUUCUUACCUAAGGGGUACAAAAUUACCCUUCAGCCUGAGGAUGAGAAACCUAAGAAGCCAGUGGAUUUCCAAGUAGCUAUCGAAUUUGUCAACAGGAUUAAGGCGCGAUUUGGAGGUGAUGACCGUGCAUAUAAAAAAUUUCUAGACAUCUUGAACAUGUAUAGAAAGGAAACCAAGUCCAUCAACGAGGUCUAUCAAGAGGUUACUCUGUUGUUCCAGGACCAUGAAGAUCUGCUCGGGGAGUUUGUUCAUUUCUUACCAGAUUUUCGAGGAUCAGUUUCUGUUAAUGACCCUCUUUUCCAGAGGAACACAAUACCGCGUGAUAGAAAUUCUACAUUUCCUGGCAUGCAUCCAAAGCAUUUUGAGAAGAAAAUAAAACGGAGUAGGCAUGAUGAGUAUACUGAACUCUCUGAUCAACGAGAGGAUGGUGAUGAGAACCUUGUGGCCUACUCUGCUGGUAAUUCUCUGGGAAAAUCCCUUGCUAAUCAAGGUCAAUGGCCAGGAUAUCCUAAGGUAGAGGACACCGAGGGGAUUCAAAUUUAUGAAAGUAACGGGGGCCAUGAAAGAGAUCCAGACAUCGGAAGUCAAAAAAAUCUACUGUCUACAAACCAUAUGGCCAAGGCAAUAAAUGAACUGGAUCUUACUGACUGUGCACAAUGUACACCAAGUUAUCGUCGCUUGCCAGAUGAUUAUCCUAUUCAGAUUCCAAGCUACAGAAAUUCACUUGGUGAAAAGGUGCUUAACGAUCAUUGGGUAUCUGUCACAUCGGGGAGUGAGGAUUACUCAUUCAAACACAUGCGCAAAAAUCAGUAUGAAGAAAGCUUGUUUCGAUGUGAGGAUGAUAGGUUUGAGUUGGACAUGUUACUAGAGUCUGUAAGUGCAGCCAUCAAGCGUGUGGAAAGUCUUCUGGAAAAGAUUAACAACAAUACAAUCUCUAUAGAGACACCAAUUUGUAUUAGAGAACACUUAUCAGAGCUGAACCUAAGAUGCAUUGAGCGGUUGUACGGGGAUUAUGGGCUUGAUGUCAUGGAUUUUCUGAAGAAGAAUUCUCAUAUCGCCUUACCUGUGAUUCUAACACGCUUGAAGCAGAAACAAGAAGAAUGGGCUAGGUGUCGCGCUGAUUUCAGGAAAGUAUGGGCUGAAGUAUAUGCUAAGAAUCAUCACAAAUCACUCGAUCAUCGUAGUUUCUAUUUCAAGCAGCAGGACUCCAAGAAUUUAAGCACAAAAGGUUUAGUGGCGGAGAUUAAAGAUAUCAGUGAGAGAAAGCAUAAAGAAGACCUGCUUCGUGCCAUUGCUGUUGGAACUAAGCCCUCUUUCACCCCAGAUGUGGAGUUCAUUUAUACUGAUACAAAAGUUCAUACUGACCUAUAUAAGCUAAUCAAGUAUUAUUGUGAGGAAAUAUGUGCUACUGAACAGUCGGAUAAAGUAAUGAAGCUAUGGGUAACCUUUUUGGAGCCCAUGUUUGGCGUUCCUUCUAGGUCUGAAACUAUUGAGACAAUGAAAGAUGUUGCAAAGAUCGAAGACAACCAAGAGCACCAUGAUGCAAGUGAGGCAGUGAAGGAAAAUACAUGUGACGGUUCUAUGGCCUCAAACCUUAAACCGUUAACACCUCCAAAAAUGCCUAACAAAGAAAACCCAAUGAUACAAGGAAGCUCUUUUGCGCAAGAUUUGCCAGUCAACACAGGAGAAAGCAUUCAGCAAGAUAAACUGCAUGAUGUUGCAGCUAUAACUAAUGAGGAUAGCCAGCCUUCCAAACUGGUGUCAACCAGAAACGAUUUGAUAAUGGAGGGUGUAGAGAAUCGUAGUAGGGUCAGUGAUGUAUCAAUGGGAGGGCAUAAGGUCGAGCGAGAAGAGGGUGAAUUAUCCCCCACUGAAAGUUGCGAGCAAGAAAAUUUCGAGGUUUAUAAAGAGAAUGGGCUCGAGCCUGUGCAGAAACUACCAGAUAAUGAAAUAAGUAAUACAGACCGAGAACCCAAAGAGGGUGCAUGUGGUACUGAAGCUGUAACAAGGAGCAAUGCCCUCCCUGAAGAUGAUGAUAAUAAAAUAACUCAAAAGUUAUCAGAAGGGGAUGAAAAUGCCUCGAAAUUUAUUGUCUCAGCAAGCAAGUUUGGUGGCCAAGUUUCUUCCGAUGAAGAGCAUAAAGGAGCUGAGAGUGAAAAUGAGGCUGGAGGGAUGGUUAAUUCCAACGAGGGUGAAGAUGGAUCCUUUUUCACAUUUUCAGAACGGUAUCUGCAACCUGUAAAGCCCCUUGCAAAGCAUGUGCCUGGGACACUGCAAGCAAGUGAAUGCGACACCCGGAAUGAUUCUCGAGUUUUCUAUGGGAAUGAUUCACUCUAUGUGCUUUUUAGGCUUCAUCAAAUGUUGUACGAGAGAAUACAAUCAGCAAAGAUACAUUCAGAGAGGAAAUGGAAAGCUCCAGAUAGCACAUCUACUGAUUCUUAUACCAGGUUCAUGGAAGCCCUUUACAAUUUACUUGAUGGCUCUAGCGACAAUACAAAGUUUGAAGAUGAAUGUCGAGCUAUUAUCGGAGCACAAUCAUAUGUUCUCUUCACAUUGGACAAGCUAGUUCAAAAGUUUGUUAAGCAUCUUCACGCAGUCGCAGCUGAUGAGACAGACACCAAGCUUCUGCAGCUAUAUGCAUACGAGAACUACAGAAAACCAGGAAGAUUCUUUGAUAUAGUGUACCAUGAGAAUGCUCGAGCCCUUCUCCAUGAUCAGAACAUAUACAGGAUUGAAUAUUCAUCUGCCCAAACCCGUCUCGGAAUUCAACUUAUGAACAGCUGGAAUGAUCAGCCUGAAGUUACAGCUGUAACAGUGGAACCAGGUUUUGCUAAUUAUCUGCAGAAUGACUUUCUUUCGUUUGUCAGUGAUGAAGAGAAACCCGGACUAUUUCUGAAAAGGAACAAGGCAAAAUUAAGUGGUCCGGGUGAAGAAUCUCUAGGGAUGUCACGUGCCUUGGAAGGAUUGAACAUUAUCAAUGAGGUUGAAUGUAAGAUAGCUUGCAGUUCUUUCAAGGUCAAGUAUGAACCACACACAGCAGAUCUUUUAUAUAGAAGAAAGCAGAAGAAAGCAACACUGAAUCCAACUGGACCUGAAAAUGUUAAAACCUCUGAUAGUAGUGAACUCUCGAGAAAGAAACGAAUAUCGCGCUUUCACAUGAGUCUUAACCGCAGACUUGUCGCCUUGCCUUAACUCAAGAACGCCGUGUGAAGUUCUUUGCUGAGAAUGAGAUAUGCAAGAAUGAGUAGUAGUAGAGAGAGACUAGAGAAUAACUGUCUUUGACAAAGAUUCUUGCAUCAUUUUAGGCUCAAAGAGAUUCACAUGGCAACAACCAUAGUUUUUAUCUUCUACAGUCUACACUGCAGCUGGAGCCGCCAGUUUUGCUGUAUAGUGUUAGAAUAUCUUUUUUUUUUUUAAGGAUGAUGCUAAAAUUGGAUAUUUUUAAUUCAUUCAUUGAACAAUUAUUGAAUUUUCCUUCUAAUGUUAAAUUCUCUUUCAAAUUAAUAAUCUCUUUAAUCACAUGUUUUAUUUAUUUAUUUUGGUUUAUCCA